GAUAAUGGUGCCCCAGUCUGGCAGUGCAAUGUCAGCAAGCUGGAUAACUUAUUCAGGUGAUGUCUGAGAUGCUCCUCCGGGUGCUGGAGGCAAGGAAUUUAGUUCAAAAAUGUGUAGUUUAUGCAUGGUGCAUACGCAUAAGGGACUGGGAAAGUUCUACUCUAUGGGAAAAUUAUGCUGUACCACACAACAUAGUGCUACCAGACAUCUCAAUGGGAAAUAUUAACACUUCUCUUAAUUUACUUGAGGGAUUACUUAUAAGUUCUCACACACAAAAUCCACUCGCACCUGCACUUGAGAAGUGUCAGUUGAUUAAAGAUCUUAUCCACGCAUUACACGAGGUUGUAGGUGCCAUGAAAGUCACACAACCACGAUUCUUGCACUUGAUGGCUUAUUACAACUACAUUAAAGGUAACAUCAAGAAGGCCAACAGUCUUCUAAAGAAUGCACAUGAUAUUGCCUCAGCACAGGGAAAUAUUCUUGAAGAGAGAUGGAUUCAACACACUAAGAUGGUCUGGGAAAACCCUGUUGUCAUACAGAAACGUUCUCAUAGCAAAAAACUCUAUAAACUGGAAAAUAAAAACAUCAGCAUUGACAGCAUACAGUUUUACUCAUUUGUAACAUAA